AUGAAACUACCAAUCGUCUCGGUUAUAAUUUUAGUUUGUAUAACGCAAAUCUCGGCUCAAGUUUGUAAUGGAUAUGCCGAAUUGUGUUCAAAGCUUUAUUCAGACGUGGCACACGUUACGACUCAUAACGCUUAUGCAUAUAUGAGUCCAUCAUUAGCAGCCAAUCAAAUAUACGACAUUAGUACACAACUUAAGGAUGGUGUCCGUGCCUUUAUGCUUGAUGGUAAUACUAAAACACCAGAUACACAAAAUGGCCCAAUAGAACUUUGUCAUAAUAAAUGUAGUUUUUUGGAUGCUGGACUAGCUGUAGACACGUUGAAGAUUUAUACUCAAUUCUUGCAAAAUAAUCCUAACGAGGUUAUCACAAUAUUCUGGGAGAAUAUCGGCAAACAUACUGCGUCAGAAUAUCAACAAAUUUAUGAUGCAGCUGGAUUAACACAAUUUGCUCACACUCAAAAAGUUGGUGAUGCUUGGCCUACUUUAAGUCAAAUGAUACAAAAUGGCAAAAAAAUUGUUAAUUUUAUUGAUGUUGGUGCUAGUCCAAGCGUUCCAUGUGAAUAUGAUCAUGUGUUUGAAACUCCCUUUGAAAACACCGCUCUUGAUGGAUGGGUAUGUACAGUAGACCGACCAAAAGAUCAAGUACGUCCGAUGUACGUCUUGAAUCAUUUUCUUUCCGGAACACUCACAUUAAAUGGCAUCAAAACAAGUUUACCGCAACCAAAUUCAGCAAAUAUUACAAAUGGAAAAAAUUUAGAAACUCAUGCAAAGAAUUGUCAACAAACAUUUAAGGACAUUCCAAAUUAUGUAGCCGUGGAUUUCUACGAGGAACAAAGUGAUGGUGUUAAUGUAUUUUCAGUUGUUGCUGGAUUAAAUAAUGUGCAAUACACUCCUAAACAGAUAGGUAAUGGUACAACAAAAAUGGUUGUUGAAACUAGAGGAAGUGGAUUAAGAAAAAAAACCACCAUUGCUACUAUUGCAGACAAAAAUAAGAUUACUAAAAAACGUUUAGCACCCAAUAAUAAAAACUCUGCUGUUGAAUCAACGACUACAAAACGUGUACGUAGAACUAUUAUUAAAAAAGAGGAGGAGGAGAAAUCUUUUCUUCUGUUAAAGAAAUCGCCACCGUUAGAAAAGGUGUGUUAUAACUAUUCACAAAUUCAUGAUAAAUUACUUUUAAAAGCUUCAAAAAAAAGAGCAGCAAUUUCAGCAAGGUACCUCAGGGCUGAAAAAUAUGGUAAAGGUGACAUUUUAAUGGGCACCAGUGUUCCAGAUAUUCGUAGCGUAUCAAAAAGUCUAGAUUUUUUGUCUUAUGAAAUGUUGAAAGAUUUAAUUCAAUCCAAGUAUCACGAAGAAAGGAUUCUAGCCGCUAUUAACAUUGUCGACAGAUUUAAAGUUACAAAAGAUUUGGAAGAGAAGAAAAUAAUUUUUGAUUUUUAUAUUAAUGAUAUGAGACAAGGUAUUGAUAAUUGGGAUUUGGUUGACACAUCAGCCAGUCAAAUUGUUGGUGCUUAUUUGAUUGACAAACUAGAUCUUAAAGAUCAAUGGUUAUACAAAACACUGGCAAUUUCUGAAAGACUUUGGGAUAGAAGAAUUGCGAUGAUUGCCACUCAAUAUUUCAUCAAUAAAGAACAAUAUGAAGAUACAAUAAAAUUAUCUGAAAUUUAUUUGAAUGACAAGGAAGAUUUGAUACACAAAGCUACAGGUUGGAUGUUAAGAGAGGUGGGAAAGAAAUCAAAGAAAACACUGGUUAACUUUUUAGAUAAAAAUGCAAGUAAAAUGCCAAGAGUGAUGUUGAGAUAUAGCUUGGAAAAAUUUUCAAUAAGUGAAAGAAAGAAAUAUAUGAAUAAAUAA